UCCUGGCAGGCCGCAGGCCGCAUCUUUGUAACUCUGUUUAUACGCCGUGUCUGACCCUGGCGACUACGAUCGCCUCAAGCGUUCUAUUAGGCUGUUUCUCUACCUGACUAUCAUCUCGCUAGUGGUCCUGAGGCUUGUCUCAAGUCAGACGUAAUACUACUUCACUAUGGACGGUGCUGGUGAAGGCCACGAACACGAUCCUAUACGGGUUUCAGACCAUAACGAUCACGUCGAUGAGAAGGAUGAAGAUGGAAUGCCGUUGACAGAUAGUCCUGUCGAAAUGUCGGCAACUGAUGCGUUGAAGAAGAAAUUGGAAGACCAGGACGGGCAUGCAGACCUGGCGGAUGAGGGUGGUUCGGACGGCGGUUCCAAUGAUUCUGAAGCUGAUGAGGAGGGAAAGGUAGCAGAGGAGGAAGAAGCUGAGGAAGAAGCGGACGGUGAGGAGCAGGAGGAUGAGGAAGAAGAGGACGAGGAAGAUGAAGACGGCGAUGAAGAGGAUGGAGAAGAAGACGACGAGGAGCCAGCUCUCAAAUAUGAGCGCCUGGGCGGGGAUUUCCCCAAACUGUUCUUAAAGGAUUCUGCCUCCACACUAACCAUCUCGAACAAGACUCUGGCUAUAGGAACCCAUAGUGGUUACACGCACAUCAUGACACUCAGCGGUGAACGUCUAAAAUCGUUUAAACCGCACGGUGCCUCCAUUAGCGACAUCAUCAUGGACGCCACAGGGGAUUUUGUUGGUACAUCCUCCAUUGACGGACAGGUCGUCAUUCAUUCGCUUUCUACGACCGAGGCCUAUGCAUUCGACCUGAAACGACCUAUGCGGACAUUGGCCCUGGAGCCACAAUUCGCGAAGAAGAGCUCGCGUGCGUUCGUUUGCGGAGGAUUGGCCGGGAGCUUGGUCAUGCACGAGAAGGGAUGGUUGGGCCAUAAGGAGACGGUGUUACAUUCUGGCGAAGGUCCAAUAUGGCAAGUCCGUUGGAGGGGUAGGUUGAUUGCAUGGGCGAAUGAUCUCGGCGUAAAGAUCUACGACACAGUAUCGCAAACCCGAAUCACCUUCAUCGACCGACAACACGAUAGUCCCCGCCCCGACCUUUUCAAAUGUACUCUUCAAUGGCAAGACGACUCCACCCUUCUUAUCGCCUGGGCCGACGUCAUCAAAGUCGCCCGCGUUCGCGCCCGCCCACGAACAACCACCUCAUCCUCCUCCGCCAACCUCCCCCCGCUCCUCGUCGAAAUAACCGCCGUAUUCCAACUCGACUGUAUGAUCUCUGGAAUCGUGCCACACCCAACCCCCAUUUCCGCAACUUGCUCUAUGCCUCUGUCAUCGCAACACCAUCGCAACGCGAGUUCUAAUUCUGUAUCCUCCGUUCCGACCUCACUCCUCAUACUGGCUUAUACGCCACCCGAUACGUCUUUCCUCGACGAAGCGACCCAAGACCGAAAACAACAGGCUCGUAAACAGGCUGAACGGCCGGAGCUCCGUAUAGUCUCACGGGGAGGCGAAGAGCUCGCCGCUGACGCCCUCACCGUCUCAAACUUCCAAUCAUGGGGAUGCAAUGAUUAUGUCCUGUCAGAAGUAGACCCGGAAGAUCACGGUGAAUCGAGGGCUUAUAUUGUUUUGAGUCCGAGAGACGCGAUUGUCGUGAGACCGAGAGAUAGGAGAGAUCAUGUGGCAUGGUUGGUGGAGAGGAAGAGGUAUGAGGAAGCGUUGGAGGAGAUUGAACAUUUGGAGAGUAUGGCAGUGGAGGGUGGUGGGGAGGGAGAGAUGGGCGUGGAUGCGGCGGCGAUUGGGCAAAGGUAUAUUGAGCAUUUGAUUGGUGAAGGUGCAUUCGUCAAGGCUGCAAAGCUUUGUCCCAAGGUGUGCGGGCAUGAUACGAAGAGAUGGGAGAACUGGAUUUUUGUGUUUGCUCAAAAGCAACAUAUGGAGGCUAUCAUACCCUACGUGCCGACAGAGGCCCCAAAACUAGACCACCUCGUUUAUGAGAUGAUACUCGCUCAUUAUCUUGCCAACGACCGACAGGCCCUUUUGCGUAGAAUAAAGGAAUGGCCAAAGGACCUAUUUGACAUCUCCGCUGUGAUCUUCGCUAUCCAAUCCGAGCUCGACAGAACUUCCUCGUCUUCGUCAACCUCCCCGACGCAACGCGCCACACCGGAUACAGCAAUCCUUAUGGAAUGCCUUGCCGAAUUAUACACCGCCAAUCGUCAACCCGGCAAAGCCCUUCCGUACUUCCUGCGCCUUCGCCGACCGAACGUCUUCGAGCUCAUCAGAGAACAUAACCUGUUCACGGCAGUGCAGGAUCAAGCGCUUCUUCUCGUAGAGUUUGAUCAGGAAUUGAUGGAGAAGACGAGAAAGGAAGGGUUGCCGGUUGAGGAUGAGAGGGGAGCGGCGAUCAUGUUGCUUGUGGAGCACACGCAUUCCAUACCCAUUGCGCGGGUGGUGCAACAAUUGCAGAGUCGGCCGUACUUUUUGUAUUUGUAUUUGGAUGCCUUGUUCAGUGGGAAGGAUCCACAUUUGGCUUCGGAUUUUGCGGAUAUCCAAGUCAAGUUGUAUGCGGAGUUCGCCACCCACAAACUGAUCGACUUCCUCCGUGCAAGCAGCUACUAUCACCUAGAAGCCGCGUACAAUAUAUGCACCGAAAGAGAUCUCGUGCCAGAGAUGGUGUUCCUUCUUGGUCGGAUGGGGAACAACAAGAAGGCGCUGUACCUCAUCAUUGACCGACUUGGAGACGUUAGCCGGGCUAUCGAGUUCGCUAAAGAGCAGAACGACGAUGACUUGUGGGAGGAUUUACUUCGAUAUUCAGAGACCCGACCACCCUUUAUCCGUGGCCUCUUGGAGAACGUCGGCGCGGAGAUCGAUCCCAUUCGUCUCAUUCGACGCAUCAAGAACGGUCUCGAAAUUCCGGGUCUCAAAGCCGCGUUGAUCAAGAUCCUGCAGGACUUCAACCUGCAAAUAUCUUUGCUGGAGGGAUGCCAGACGAUAUUGCAUGGGGAUAGUUCGGAUCUGGCGAAGAAGCUUCAUAGGGAUCAGACGAGCGGGUUCUUCCUUGCUGGGAAGACGCCAUGUCCUAUAUGUAACCUCCCACUGCAACAGACGCACCAGUCUUUGGUGUUGCUCUUCCUCUGUCGACACGUCGUCCAUGCAAGCUGCGUCACGGGCGGCGAUACGCUGCCUCGACCGCCGGAUCCUGCUUACGCCAAUGUCGGGAUGGCACUUGGCAGUGCCGCAAGAGGUAUCAGUGGGAAGAUCGCGUAUACUGCGAUGGUGAGAGCAAGACUGAGGCAGAGUUGUCCGGUGUGCCAUAAGAGAGUAGAAGGGGAACGGACCUGAUCGCCAACUCAGACGUUUCUGGCUGGUGCUCAGACGUUUCUAGCUGGUGUUGAUACGGAUGAUACGAGCUGGGCAGGUGAAGGUCCAAUUCUGCCGUUAUAUGCUAUUUUUGCCUCUUGUUUCUGUUGUCUCUUCAUACCCGGAAUUUGUUCAUUCAGACUAGCAU